AUGGAGAGCGGCGUCGCCUCCGCCCCGUGGGCGCUGCAGCCCAGCCCGCGCGACGUCGCCUACCGGCUGGGCGCCGCCCUGGGCUUCCAGCAGCAGGGGGACAACGCCACUCUGGACGACGAACGCCUCGCCGCCUUCCUGAGGGCGGCCGACCCAGAGGACCUGUCGACGGCCCAGAUCAUUGGGUACCCAGGUAUCAUAGCCUUCGCUCCAGUCGUAGAACCACUGUCCGACUCUGCGGUGAUCACCGAGCUGCCUGAGGUCAGCCUGACUGAGGGCCGCUACAACAGGGUGCCCUUCAUGGUCGGUGUCACUUCGGGGGAAGCCAGUAACUUCGCCAUCGUUGUGCAAUCUCUGAACGACUCAGAAGCUGCUGAGAUCUUCAUGCAGUCGGUGGUAGACCAGAUUCCUCUUCCCACAGAGGAGGAACGUAUUGAGGCUGCCAAACGGGUUGAGGAGUUUUACUUCGGAGCUGAAGGAUUCAGAGUGAACAAGUCACAAGCAAUCAAUGACAUAUACUCGGACAUGUUGUUCAUACAGCCUGCAUAUGCGUUUGCCAGAUCAGCAGUGAACACAAGCAGCUUGCCCGUCUAUUUCUACUACUUUGACUAUGAUGGAUGGGGCUCAACAGAAUAUGGUAUGUCGCACGCAAUGGAAAUAGCGUAUUUGUUUCCUGGUACAUCUGGACCGGAUCAAGAUCCAGCCUCCAACGAUGGGAAAGUGAUCCAACAGCUGACAACAUUGUGGACAAACUUCGGCAUAUACGGUUGUGGUGAUGGCAUCAACCAUGAGCAAUCAGACUGUGGUGACGGUGUGCCGACGGACGUGGGCUCUGGCAUCCACAAAUAA